AUGUUCCUUAAUAAUGUUUUAGUUGGGGAAGUUGAAAAACUUUCAAUCAGUUCAUCAAGUAUAUUAAGUCCAUCACCUGGUUACGACUCUAUAAUUGCUGAAACAGGUUUAAAGCAUGAUGAAUUAGUUGUUUACUCGACCGACCAAAGAAUGAGUGAUGAUUUAAAAGCCAAUGAUCAUCAAAAACAACAGGUACAAAGAGAACAACAAGAGAAAGAAAUAACAGUUGAUAUAGAAAGUAACUCAAACUCUGAAACCAAUAUAAAUAGAAAUACGGCAAUACAUAAAUCUAAAGAUAAACCACAUCACCAUCACCACAAUCACCACCAUCAUCAUCCCCCCAAACAAACAUCAACCUCAACCACAAAUAAUAAAAAUGAAAAUAAAGAAAAUGUAAUUGAACAUAAAACAAUUAAAGAGGAUAAUAGUGAUAAAGAAAAUAAAAAAUCUUCCUCCUCUUCAAAUGACAAAAAAGAAACCAACACCAACAACAAAGAUAAUAAAGAUAAUAAUAGCAAUGCCAAUAAAACCAAUAACGAACAAAAUAGUACCCCAAACACAACUACAACAUUGACCCAAAAAGAAGAAUUGGAAAUGGAGGAAAAGCUAUUUAGAAACCAAUUAUCAGAAUUUUACAGUGUAAAUGGUUUUUUCAAAUUCUACAAUUUAGUUUCAGCACAGGGCGGUUAUUUAAGAAUGAAACAAGAGAAUUGGAAUGAACUUUGUUUAGUUUUUGAAGUUAAGUCAUCUGAAUUAAAGAAAAGAUAUUUAGAUUAUUUAGUCGAUUUUGAAAAGGUAUUUUUAAAAAACUCAUCAUUAGAAGAAUAUUUAGGGUCAAUUAAAGAAAGCAGUAAUUUUGGGUCAUCAUCAAUUGUAAAUAGUAAUAGCAAUAGCUAUAAUGAAAAGAAUGAUGAACCUAAACUAGGUGACGUUUUAGCUGUGACAACAAGAUUAAAAAGAAAAGAUAUAUUACAGGGUCAAACACCACCUCCUUCGACUGAACCAACAAGGGUGCAUGGAAUUUUUUAUGAUAAAGAUUUAGAUUAUAAUAAAACACUUUGCAUAUUUUCGAAAAAGGCAUUUAUAGAGACACUAAAAAAAAGGGCAUAUAGAGAUCAUUUCAACGAAGAUCAAACAUCAGAUGACUCUGCUAGCAGUGACUCAAGAGUUGUAAAGAAAUUAAAAACAACUGCAACUAGAAAAAUCAAUGAUACUUCAAGUUCAAGUGCCUCAACCUCCCCAGUAUUAGAAGAAACCUCAUUAUUACAGCCUCAUAAAAAGAAAUCCUCAACCACAACCUCACCAUUAAUCACCACUCCAACACCAACCACUCCCCCACCUGUAUCAAAAGAUUUAACACCUAGAAUGAAAAAAGAAAUAGAAACACCAAUACCACAUGCAGCACAAUCACCACCUACACCACAAAAAGAACAACAUAAAGAUAAAGAAUAUAAAGAAAGGAAAGACCACCAUAAAGAAACUACCAUUACUGUCAAAAAAGAGAUUGAAAUGAAAGAUAUCAAAGAAAUAGCAUCGAAAACUAAAACUCAUUCAAUUAAUAAAAGAAAAAACAUCAAGGGGAAAAUUAAAAACUAA